AUGUCGACUCCCUCGCAACAAAUACAGACAGGCGGCUCGGCGGAUAGAGCCAUCUCGACGCCCAGGAAGCUGUUCACCAGCAAGCUCUACAAAGAAACUGUCACUCUCGUCAUCAAAGAAACCAAGGAAGAGUACACUUUGCACAGAGAACUGCUGUGUUCAUACUCGGAUUUCUUCCACGCAGCCCUCCAAGGCUCCUUCCAGGAAGCAAGUACAAGCAGAAUGGAGCUAUCGGUAGAGCCUCGUGUAUUACAGGCCUUCCAAGUUUGGCUCUACUCACGCUCUCUGCGCAAUGCUGAGGGUAUCGCCGAGAAAUCGAAAGCAAAAGUGAAAUUUCUCUGCAAAGAAGAGAUCCCUGAUCAGAUUGCCUAA